AUGACAAUAUCCCAAAUAUCAAAGCUCAAACGCUGUCCGUUCCCUCAUGCCGUCACGGCCCAGGUUUCUGGGCCAUCGUCUGGGGUCUCCCAUAGGAGUCGAGACCGCAGCAGCCACGCUCAGGGCUGUGGAGAACAUCCCACAAUGGCCGGUGGCUUCAUCUCUUUCAGUUGGUGGAAAAGCAAUAUCAAGAGCAAAUCCUUGCUCAGCAGGAACAGUACCAGUGCCAAAUACAGUCAACCCCUGACCUCCUGGGCCCAAAGGCAAAAACACAGACAGAGAAAGAGCCGAACAACACCAAACCGGACGUCAUAUGUGGAGGAGCGGGACAGGAGCACGGCAGGAGCAGGAUCUCCUAAGGAGCACACAUAUCACUUACCUGAUCGUGGAUACAGCACAGCCUCCACAAAUCCAUUGCCUCUAAAGAGAAGUGACAGUCUGGUGUCUGAAGCCUCAGGCCUGUCUUACUGGAAACUGGAUGCGAGUGAGUUAUACCGCCCGCUACCUGACAACUUUGAAAGUGCUUCCUUCGUCCUAAUGCAGACUCCAGAUGAGAACUGUCUGUCUCUGCGGGAGAUCUACCAGAGCAAGAGAGCAGAUCCCAAAGGCCACGAAUGGGACUCCUUAAUCAACUCAUCCACCUCGUCUCCUCAGGUGUUGACUCUGGACUCCACCGUGCAUGUGAAGCACUCGGAUCGCACGUCAGGCUUCACAUCGCCAUCCCACUUCAGCAGUCCAUCUGCGCAGGUCCGGGCCUGUCCCGGCAGCAGCGGAGCGCCUGUCAGUCCUGACUCCAUGGCCCUGCGCAGCCACAGCGACACCGACUGCAUGUCCAAUGCCAGCAGUCUGUCUGCACAGCAGGCGCCCGACCGGACGUCUCCUUGCCCAUCAGCGCUAAGAGCAAACCAGGCCAACAGUGAGGAUGAGGGCAGCCAUACUGCCACGAUCACCGUACAGCCCAGAGGAACGUCUGCUCAGGAGAUGUACAGGCCCAACAGAAGCAGCCCAGAUACAGGCGGUGGGAAACUGGAGCGGAUGACCUCGCUGGAGGACCCGGUAGUUCUCUCGCUACUGAGACAAAAACUGAGAGAGAAACAUGCCCGCCACAUAGCCGAUCUCAGAGCGUACUACGAGGCUGAGAUCAGUGCCCUGAAGGAGAAACUGGAUCUGGUGAAUUUGCCUCUUGACAUGGAGAAAAGCAACCAGAUCUUGCUUGAGAGAUGUCAACACCUGGAACGAGCGUUAACGGAGGCGAGCACAUGCAUCCGAGAGCUGGAGAUCAAAAACCACCUCUUGGAGAGACAGCUGGCUGAAUGGCCAGAGCGAUACGACGCGGCCAGCGCCACAGUCCAGGCCCUGCAGCAGCGGUUAGAAGAGACCAAACACAGCAGCCGUGAGAAAGAUGCCACCGUGACCACACUGAAGAACCGCCUGCGUCAGCUGGAGGAGGCCAUGCAGAAUGCCUGUAAGGAGGUGGAUGAGAAAGAGGCCCGCAUGAAGAAAGAACACAAGAUGCUACAGGAUCUCCUCCACGAGUAUGAUUCACUGAGAAGGGAGCAUGAAGGAGCGAAGGACAAGUUGGCCUCGACUGAAAAUAAGCUCUUUGAUGCCAAUGAACAAAUAUCUGAACUGAAAAGGUGUGCGUCAGGCAGCUUUAUCAGUGGAGCACGAAAUGCGACGACGAUGGUCAUCUCUAAGCUAGAAACUCAAUUCCGACAGCUACAGCUCGAAAAUCUGGCUAAAACACGUCAAUCUCUCCACGGCCACUCACAACCAUCUGGAGCAGGUUUGUUCCACCAUCCUGAUCUUCUGCCUUCGCCGAGUCAUAGGCAGCGAGAUGCUGAUGUGGGCUUGAGGAACGGCGCUGGUCUCAGCGGUGAACAGACGUCUGGUUCAUCCUCUGACCGAACAGCUCGAGGAUGGCUGUCUCCACCAGAGAGAGAACCGACUCGGGGUCACUCUGAAGAGCCAAGGAAGAGGGAUGUUCCCCUGACGCCCAUGAUGAAGUCCCUGCUCCAGAUGGAGGACACCAAAGCCACUGAGAGCCGUGCGCUGUCCAAGAAUGGCUGCAGUUCCUCCAGGUUGGCUAGAAGGAGGCCUACGGUGGCUUUUGUGGAGAGUUCUGUGAGGGACGCUGUGGAGGAGUGGAACGGAGCCGUGCUGAGGGCCCAGAGGAGUCUCUCUCCAGAGGGUCACAGGUCAUCAUCUCUGCCCCCCAGUGCACAGAGAGCCGUUCCUCUCGCCACACCCACAAAGAGGGACACAUUACUCCUGCCUCUCUCAGCCAAGUCCAGUCCUAAGCGCUGCCCGACUGAGAACUUCUCCACUGCGUUGGGUCACCCUCUUCCAUCUCAAGAGCACAUGCAGAGCAGGUUUGAUGUAGCUUUUGAUCGAAAUGGCAUCAGCUCCUCUUUACCGUCCCAUCCAAGCCCAAGGAAGAGGUUACAGUUUAAGUCUUCUGAGAGACUGGAAGUGAACGUGGGCUCGUCUGAGCCUGCAGAGAGCAGUGAGUCUGAGGAGCCUGCGGUCAGACCCAGCUGGGAGGAACCGGACGCUGCCGGUGAAGAGACGCCCCUCUCCUGUGAGCCUCGUAUUCAGUCGCUGGCUGACGCAGAGCGCCUCUUUGAUGAGCUCACACAGGAAAAGCAGCAGGUGAUUGAAGCAGCACUGGUCCGAUUGUUCAGAUAA